AUGGGCACAGAUGCCCGCUGCAGGCAAACAAAUAUUCUUGCUUUUUCCCAUCCGUCAGCGUGUCUCUACCAAGCAUGCGAGCCAACCCAAUUCUCAGUGUCGGAGAACAUUCAAUCGACUCGGCCAGCUAAGCUGUUGCGCGUCGCGCCUCACUCUGAUCGCUUGGUGCCUGAUUGUCCCUCGCUCUCUUCUUCGGUCCUAGUCGGAUCUUCACCAAACCUUCAGAAUUGGCGCGCCGCCCGCGCAAGCUUCCAGGCCAGCAAGGACAGGAACAGGAAUAGCAUCGGACAAGGGAGAUUGCCUGGCGCAGAGGUCGCCGCUGUUAGUGCCGACGACCGGCACCCGUCAGUCGCUAGUCUCUGCUCUAGCGGCACGUUGCGUGAGGAACUACUUACAAAGUGUAGUUUGCCAUUGAUCGACAUCUCCAGCAGACUCAGUGGCAUGAGUGAGUUUGACUUCCAGGUUCUGGGAAGCUGUUUGGGCAGCAAUGAAGUCACGAGACGAAUGUGUCGUGUUGGUGAUGAUAUUGGCGCUGCUAUCAUCUCAUUCUCAUCUAAUGUUUAUCUGACCACCCAAGUCUCGCUCAGCUCGCGCAGCUGUCAAAUCCUUCUGUCUCUCAGGUCGGUAAUCGCUAUGACCUCUGCUCAUACGUUGUCAAUCUUGCAUUCCUUUGCGGUGAAGAAGCGUAUGCGCAAUGUGGAAAUGCCGACUAACAUGAAAAAGCCUAUAGCUCGGGCAUUUUUCUCAUCGAUUAAUCCUUUUUUUCUUUCUCGUUUUUUUGCUUCACAAUGGCGCCGGCGCUAA